GGGAGAAGGAGAUGCUGGAGGAGAAGCUCCGUUCCGCGGAAGACAAAGCCAAAACAGCGGAAGCUGCACGCCAACAAUUGCAGGGGGAAGCCCAUCUUAGUGCAUCUGCCCUUAGACAGCGAAUUUUGGAGCUGGAAGAAGAUAAGAAGAGGCAGGAGGCAGAGGCAGAGGAAAACGAAGCUCUGAUACUCCAGCUGCAAGGGAGACUAGAGGAAAAGGUUCAGCAAGUCACAAUCCUGGAGGUUAAGAACAAACAGCAAGCUCGCCUGCUCCAUCAGGUUCGUGGUGUGCGGAACUCUUUGAUGCAAGUCCUCCAAGAAUCGAAGGAAACUGAGACAGUCCAAGGCGUUCCUACCACUUCUGUAGCGGCGUCAGUUCGAGAGCCUGAAAUAAUGAAGUUGAAAGCAGGGAUGAAAGCUGCCUUGGCGCAUAUAAAGGACUUGGAGUGUUUCAUAGAUGAGAUGAGAAAAGAACAGCGGCGAGGAGUCCAUCCACGCUACGAGAUAUCGGCAGCCUCCGGUGACUCCUCUGCUCGUUCACUACACAGCAGGCAAAUUGACGAGCCAUGCAGAAGGCCUUUGAGGGCGCUGCCAACCCUUGGAGACGAGCUGGAAAAGUUAGGUGGUGCUUCCGAAAUUGGCCACGGCCGGGAGGUGCCUGGUUCUGCGAUCAAAAAGGGGGUCGGCAGGGAGACAGAAAGCUCUCCAUCUGGCGAGCCUGAUACCCCUCCUCAUUGUGAGGAAUCCAGGGUUGCUGGCGAGGAAGCAAGCGAUGAGGCUGGAAGCCCCACCAGUGCCGCGAAUUUCGAAGCACCUCUAUCUAAACAGCCUAGCAUUAGGGAGCAGAUUGUGACGGUGGAGAAGCAAAAGGCUGUCGCCAGCAAAGUUUGUGGUGCCGAUCCUUCUCGCGUGCGACGCCCUCGCACAGCUCGUGCCGGAACAACUGGGGAUGCAGCAUCUUUUGCAUCCUUGCGCUCUGAACCGUCGACAAUCGAUGCUGUUUCCAAAGAGCCUACCUCUUCUGCGAGCCUUCCAGAAGUCGAAGACAUUUUUGAUCCACUUGACCUGCUGAAGUCUGAGGACGCAACCGAGGCAGAUGCCCAAGAAAGCCUUGCAGUGAAUGACCGCCUUUCGCGCACUUCGCAUGCAGCACAGAGAGUCCUUUCUGCUGAUCGGACAAAACCGAUUAGCUCAAAGAGUCGGCCGUAUCUGGUCCACCGGUCGGCUGCAGAUGCAGCGAGGAGUUCAAAUGCCUCUGAGCUACCACCAAGCAGGGUGUCUCCGAAGAUGUCUGAUGGACAUUCAUUCAGCUCUGGUGGAUUCGAGAUGCCAGAUGGGGGAAGGAGAUGCCGGUCGCGGGCAACAGAAAGCGAUGUUUCUAAUGAGCAUCAAGAUGGCGUGAUUGAGCCGUCGAUGAGCGUGCCAUCACAAGAGGCAGGUUCUGCCCUUGGUGGCCCUCGAAUUAGCUCUUUUCGUGACAAGAGUGAUUCGUUAGCUUCCUUUGCUUCGGAAGGGAAGUUUUUAAUGCUAGCCGCUCCUAGUGAAGCGAAGAAGUCUCCCACUGCAUCAGCCGGCCGGAGGGUUGAAGAUCGAUUACACAGUUCAAAGACAGAUUUGGCUCCGAGAGGUCUGGGCCCAAGCACAUUGAGUGGCAUGUUCAGCAUGCUUGGAGCCUGCGCUGCAGUAACAGGAAACGCACAACGUCGCCCAGCAGGUUCAACGGAAGCUGAAAAUGGUGCCAUCAAGAAUACCCGCAGUGCCGGAGGGGAAGAGAGUUCCAAGCCUAAGCAUAAGCAGCCCAGCAGGUUGUCUGCUGCAGCAACUGCUGCGAUUUCGACAAAGGAUGUGAGCGAAUUUCGGUCUCUUCGGCGCGUCAGUCAUGUUGAACCGCCUGAAGAGUCAUCAGCUGACCGUUUUACCGCAAGGACCUCAGGAUCUACAGAGAAGUCAGACCUGGCUGCUCUUAGGGGUGAUCCAGCAUCAGACGAGUCGUUGCUAACAGGGAGAGAUCAGUGGUCGAAGACAAGCCCGUCGCCGAAGGCAGGGCAUGCAAGAGCGCGGCGCACGGUCUCCUUGGGAAUAACGGAGAUGCCAGAUGAUAUUAAAGGACGUGAUGCCCUGGAGCAGCCAAAGGCGCAGCUCUCAGUGGCAGCCGUAGUCUCCAGUGAAGGAGGAAAAGAACACUCCGGAGGGAAGGGCCAUCACCUUCACGAUUCCGAGGUUGCACGGUCCCCUCGGGCAAGUAGUUCCUUCCCGAAGGGACCUCCUGGUACUGGCAUUGAAAAGAAACUUCCGUCGGAGUCAGGGAGUCCCACGUCAUCACUUCGAAAGAGAGCUGGAGUCUUAGCAGCUUCAGAAACCUGCAGAAGCAUAGGGGAUGCAAAUACCCAACGAACACCACGCAGCCGCAGCAGUAGCUCCGAGCCACCUUCCGGCAAAGCGUCAUCUUCUCAUGGAGUGCCUACCAACCAGCAGACACGUGAACCCAAAACACCGCAUGAAACCAGGAAUACAGAGGCUCAGGGGCAACAGCAAAGGUCGCACAGCGGUUCGAUGGCAUAUCAAGGCACCGAAUGUGAAGGCCAGCUUCAGACCUUGAGGCGGCAAGUACCAUCAGUGGAAGAUCAGGCAUCUCAACAAGACGGUUUAGAGCAAUGCGAUAGAGUGGGAUUACGAACAGACGGCAUAAGCGAGGGACGGUCAGGCGACAAGCUUCGGCCUAACCAGCUAUUUCCGCACGACAUGAAGGAUGAAUGCGCAAAGCGACAAGAUGAGCAAGCGGCUUCUGCAGCCGCUCUGCUAGCUGCUGCUGCGGGAGUGGUAGACGCGUCUCUCCAGCAGCACCAGCAGAUGAUACAGCGCCAGCAGGAACACCACGAAGACUUGCAGAGGGCGCAGCAACGACGCAUUGACAUGCUUCAGGAGCAACUUGAACAUCUACAGAAGGCAAAGGAUGAGCAGCGAGAAUCUGGAGAGCAGGAGCAGAAAAAGUUAAUUCACGCACUUCAGUCAAAACUGGAGGAGUUGCAGAAGCGGCAGGAGCAGAGAGAACAAGAUUUCCAAGAUGCCCAACGCAAGCUUCAGGAAGAAUUAGAGGUGCAGUUGAAACAAAAGCUGGAAGAGCUGAGGUGCUCACCGCGGAGGACAAACAUAGAGGCAGGCACUUCAUGUUCUGUAGGCCAGAAUGACAUUCACGCUUCAUACUCGCGCAGGCAUGACACAGAUAUUCGAAAUAACCACGGUCUAAGGGCAGGCUAUCAGCAUGCGGCCUCUGGCGGAACCAACUCAUUCGAAAAUAAUACUGGUGAGCAGGCCUUGCACCCACAUCCGAUGCAAGAGAACGGCGGGAAGCGCCUUCCUGAUGUGCAUCCGUUUACAGCAGUAUCUGAGAAUUUUGCAGGCGUAAAUGCGAAACGUCUUAAUCAGUUUCCGUCGAGCGGGAAAAUGGAGGACGGCACUUUAAAUACCAUGCCUUGGCAUCGUGGAGGGCAGGAGCCACAGGGAUGUGCUGGACGAAUGGGUCUUCAUAAUGCAGCUACAGAUUCUCAGGGGCAACCCACGACGGACGCUUCAGGCGGAUAUAUGUGCGGGAAUAAUGAUCGAUGCAGUGACUCUGAUGAUGCUUCAAGUUGUGCAAGCAGUAGUCUCAUGGGGAGCCAGUGCGGGGUGCCGACCAAUAGCUGUUCAUUUGAGGAUGCUCCUACAGCCACCAGCAGCUCGUUCAUCAGCCAGUCUACGACACCUGCAGUGUGCUCAUCCGCUCCUUCUCAGCGUGGGAAUUACCUUGCCAGCGAAGGGCAAUCCGAUCGACAAAUGUACGCUGCUGGAGGCGAUCGACUGGUAUCGCAGUCCAUAGGUACUCACCGGCGGGAAAACGUUCUGCGCCGGAAUAAUAUCCCGAAUUCUCAGUCGUCAGAGCCGAUUUCAGCUACCCCUCAGUACGUACCAAUUAAUGCUGGGCAGGCUGAUCCGCUUCUUCCUCCGCGUGUAGUACACCGCAUUAGUAGCUCCACCGAUUCUUUGUGGAGCCCCAAAGCAUCCAAGAAUCACGCGGCUGGCAUGGGAGAGCGUGCACCUUGUUGCAGUACUGCGUGUACUUCCCGGCCGCAUGCGUACUCCUCAGCGAACUCUAGUGCCGGGACUACUACGCUGUCGGCAGGAUAUCGGGCAGGAUCUCAGGAGAAGCUCCUCCGCGGAGAGUUCGGCUAUUGCUCAGGGAGUCCUCACCACCCGCCAGACCAGGAUCCUGGACCGCGGGGGAGUGUAGCGGGCUCGGGGAUCUUCACUCUCCCAUACAUCAAGAUUACUGCAGCAGCCCAUGAACGCAAGCCAGUGCAAACCUCCUUCAACAGAUUUUCUGGGAGCAACUUCAGCCCGGAGCAGUACAACUCACCGGCACACAGAUUCGCGCAGCUCGCAAGAUUCCGGCACGAAACGUUCUAG